CACUUCUCUCCAGUGCUCGCUUGCUCUCCUUCGAAUCCACAUCACACAAAAUUUUUGUGACACAAAUCCUCCCAUAAACCACCCACAAAUAAACUGAAACUACACUUUCAAAUCAAUUUUAUCCCUUAAUAACUUGUUAAAUAAAUAGUUCUUCGUGCUUUUUAUUAAAUUCCACCAAUGGAUAAAGAUGAAAGUCCUGACUCCGACUCCUUCCGUUCCGACCGUGAGCUGGACGUGCGUCAUAAUGUUCCUAUUCCCUGCUCCGGUUAUAACUCAGAUACCAGUUUCCACCCCACGGGAUACUUAGACAUGUCUGAACUUUUGCAGACCUCACCAACCGCCACGGGCGAGACAAGUUCCGCCGCAACCGCCACGGGCGAGACAAGUUCCGCCGCAACCGCCACGGGCGAGACAAGUUCCGCCGCAACCGCCACGGGCGAGACAAGUUCCGCCGCAACCGCCACGGGCGAGACAAGUUCCGCCGCAACCGCCACGGGCGAGACAAGUUCCGCCGCAACCGCCACGGGCGAUACAAGUUCCGCCGCAACCGCCACGGGCGAGACUAGUGCCGCUGCCCCGCCACCGCCAAUGCCUCCACCACCGCCCGUCUGGGACCGCCCCACGAGAGACACGGCUGCAGUUGUUCAGACCUCUACGACAACCACCGCCGCCGUCACGAGCGAGACAUGUGCCGCCGACCCGCGGCAACCGCGGCCAAAAUCGCCACUGCCCUCCAUCCCACGUGUCAUUGACGACGGCCGUGUCCCUGACCCCUCCACCACGCGUGUCAUUGACGACGGCGCUAUCCCUGGCCCCUCCAGGGUAAUUGUGGAAAGGAUAAUUGUGGACGAAAAUGACGACAGUACCUCCGAAGCCGAGCAAUUUAUCGUAUGUGAACGUGGUGCACUAAAAAGAAAGAGCGACCCUCAAGUUGAAAAGAAGAAGGAGCAAAAAUAUGACGCGGACGAUGAGAACAGUGAUCCCAUCACUGAAACAUCAUACCUUGCUGACGAGGUGGCUGAUAUCGCUGUCACCUCCAGUAGCGGCAUCACUUCCACGACCGCCGUUAGUGACGCACCCGUCCCAGGCACCUCCGCCAGUUGCCCCGCCCUCCCGGAGGACAAAAAGACUGAGGAGAAAUCUAAGGAGGACCAAAGUCCUGAUCCAGGUACCCUGACUGAAGACGAUCUUGACGACGCUGUUUAUGACGAACCUGGAGAGGGGGCGAAUGCCGGGGCUGAAGGUGGAGAUCCUGGAGAGGGGGCGAAUGCCGGGGCUGAAGGUGACGAACUUAUGCCGGAUGCCGGGGCUGAAGGUGGAGAUCCUGGAGAGGGGGCGAAUUACCUAGUUCCCCGUCUCGCACCUGACGCAACGGUGAAUGGCCGAGUUGCCCGUAACACACCCGAAGAAGGGGGGAGUGAUCGGGCUGAAAGUGACGAACCUGACGAGGGGGCGCAUGGCCAAGUUGGACGUGACGUACCUGACGAGGGGGCAAGUGACCAGGAUAAAGAUGACUCACCUGGCGCAGACUCAGUUAGCCGGGCGUCGGACUCGUCUGAAUAUAUUGACGUCGAAACUAUUGACACAUCUGAACCUAUUGACAUCGAAAGUAUUGGCACAUCUGAACCUAUUGAGAUCGUAAGUACUGAACCCUCCGACGGUGAGGACGAGAACGCCGAUGGCCUCGGACUUGGAAACUAGAACGGGACAAGGACGACAUGGAUUUUAUACUGGCUUGUGACUGCUAAUUAAUUUUAAUGUGGCUAAUUUACAUAUUUUUAAAUACUUCCUCUUAUAAUGUAUCGACAUAUUUUUCAAUUUCUAUUUACGAAAACAAGUUUUUCGAGUUAAGAAAAUUGCGUAUUUAUUUAUGUACAUAUUUAUUUGUGACAAAAUUCUGAGUGAGUAACAGUUUAUGAUACGCGUCCGUAAUUUAUUUUAAAAUUUAAAAACUUAAAAAUUACUGAAAUUGAUGUAUGUGUGCUAUACAUGUAAAACUUGAAUUGGUCGAAAUGCAGACAAAAUAGUUGUUUUGAUGUUCUUAAUAAUUUUAAUCUUUUUGGAUAAGUUUAGUAAAUGUGCAAAUGAGGUGGAGUUGGAUAAGUUUUGUUUUGAGAUAAUAAUGAAAGGGAGACUAAUUAUAAGGCUAAGAUAAGAUUUUAAUCGACAUAAUUUUAUAAUUUAUUCAAGUUUACAUUAAUUAUGCAGUUACAAUUUUACUGAUGGGAUUUUUUAAAAUUUAUCUUUGUCGAUGCAAAUUUCGUUUUCAUUGUGCUGAUGUAUUUAUAUAAGUCUGCAUUAAAAACAGUUUUUUUAAAGUGUA